AUGAGGGCAGCUGCACGUCUCCUCGCCAGCGUCAAGCCCGGCCAGUUCCUCGAGGCCGGCACACCCACGGGUCUCACAGGCCUGCUCACCCACCCGUCGCCGCGCUCCACCCUCCUCUACCACUACCACUCCACCCUCGACAAGCUGAAGAAGAUUCCCGAAUCCUCCGUAUACCGCCAAUCGACCGAGGCCCUCACUAAGCACCGCCUAGCCGUCAUCGAGCAGGCUACGCCAGCAGGAUGGGAUGAGUGGCAGCAAAAGGUCGCGCAGCAAGUCAGCCAGGACCCGACAAGAUAUCAGGCCAUCGACACAACAGGCGGACAGACCAUUAUACUCCCAACCCAGCACGAGGUCGAUGAGCGGUCAAAGGCUGCUGAGUGGGACGGUGAGGCCGUCGAGACCUUCCCCGAGGGCAUUCGGUCCUCGAAAGAGCGCUUGCCCCAUGCCAAGAAGAUGAAGGGCGAUGUCAACUACACGCCCGAGCGGGCAGUCGCCGAUGUCAAGUUCGACCCUGAGCCGCAAUACACUGCCGAAGCCAUCUCGGAACUUGAGAGCAGAAUUGGCGCAGGAUUGAUUGAAGAAGUCAUCCAGGUUGCUGAGGGCGAACAUAAGCUUGUGGACGUCAUGGUCGAGGCCAAGGUUUGGGAGCCACUCGAGGAGCCGGCGCCAGAAGGCCAAUGGUCUUACUUCGAGCGUAUGACACACACAAAGACCCAGAAGCCAUAG